CAAUUUCUCCCAGUAGGCAGACGGGCUCUGGGUCUUCUCUAAGCUUCACCCAGACAAAUCAGCCUGCUCCCAGGAACUGGGAAAGGGGCAGGGAUUCUCCCCAAGGACACCUGACAGAACCACACUGCCGGGCCCACUCUCAAGACUCCCCAUCUACCCACAAGGAAAGACUGUUCCUGGCUGAGCGAGGAGUUGAUGCUCCCCGUGACAUCCCCAGGAAGGACGAAGACACCAUGAGUUCUGAGGAGAUGGUCUAUGACAUGUCAGGAGCGCGGCUCGCCCUCACUCUGUGCAUCACCAAAGACCGAGAGGGAGCGGAGCCGGACAUUGCGGCACUGGAGAGGAUGUAUCAGGCCCUGAGGUUUGAGAGCACCGUGAGGCGGGACCCACCUGCUAAGGCUUUUCGGGAUGAGCUGGUACGUUUCAGAGAGGAAAUGGAAGGGCGGAAAGACCCUGUAAGCUGCUGCUUCGUGGUGCUCAUGGCUCACGGGAAGGAGGGACACCUGCUAGGGGCAGAUGAGCAGGUGGUGGAGCUGGAGGAGCUGUAUGAUGUCUUGACCAACAAGAGCUGCCGGGCGCUCCUGGGCAAACCCAAAGUGUUCAUCCUGCAGGCCUGCCGUGGAGACCAGAAGGACUCAGGAGAGAUGUUGAGGACAGAGGAGGUCCUGACCACCAUGAUACAGAAGGUUCCAAGGAUCCCAACUUUCACGGACACCCUGCAUGUCUACUCCACUGUGGAAGGGUACAUCGCUUACCGGAACGUUAAAGAAGGCUCCUGCUUCAUCCAGACUCUGGUGGACGUCUUCACCAAGGAGAAGAGUCAUAUUCUGGACCUCCUUACUGAGGUGACCAGGCGGAUGGCGGAGGCCGAGCUGGUCUGGGAAGGCCAGGUGAGGAAGGUCAACCCGGAAAUCUACAGCACCCUGAGGAAGCAGCUGUACCUGCAGUAGGGGCAUCGGGGGAGGCAGCUGAGCAGAGGGCUGGAGAGAGUGGAGGUGGGGGGUGGGGAAGGCAGAAACUUUGGCUUGCAGGAACAAGGGAGCGUAACAUGGGACAGGAGAAAUGGGGAAUCCUCCUGUUUGUGUCUGGGGACCACUGAAGGGGACAGCAUCUGAUUGAAACAAGUCUGCACAUUAUUUUAAAGGAAUCCUCAAGAGGCAAAUCCUUCUUCUGACCCAAAUAUUCACAGGGCAGAACUAACCUUUGGUACCAAGCUAAUGUUAAGCAGGAUUGUCCCAGGUGGACAAGACUCCCCCCUCCACCCCCCUGCCCUACACCCUUCGCCACCUUGGCCUUGUUCAUUUACCUCCCUGCCACCCUGAGAAGCCCAGCUAGGUGACAGUGGCCUGCGGGCUAGGACGGUGAGUCAGGAGAGAGCUUGGCUCCUGAUGGCCCAGUGUGGAAGGGGUCUGGCAAAAUAGGAGCCUGGGGAGUUCGCUGGAGCCACUGAUUGACCAAGGAAUCUGCAUGAUUGACAGGUUCAUCCUAGGGAUGCUGCUGUCAGGGCAGGCUCAAAGGCCAGACUACCGGUCUGUGAUUCUGAAAAUAUUAAUCCUGUUGUCUGUCCAGCACUACUCUUGCCAGCGUUAGUUAAGGGUGAAAUCUUUGGCUUGCCCCAUGCCGAUUUUGGUUAAAAACACACCUAAGAUGUACAGGAAAGGCUAUUAUACGCCAUCCCUUACUGCCACAUACAAAUUCCCACUUCUGCUCUCCCAGGACCUACAGAAUAUACAUUCCAACUGACACUCUCCAUUUUGACCUGUCAGUCAAUUGUCACCAGACUGUACUAAGCCCCACCUGUUUGACAACCCCAGAUCUGGGCACUGUGGGAGGGACAGAAAAAAGAGGAGACACUGUGUCUGCCCUUAAGGGACUGACAGUCUGAUUGGAACAAAGAAACAUAAGCACACACAUACAAACAUACAUAAACACACAUCACCUUAAAAAAGGUACAUGAAGUGCACACAAAAAAACCCCAGAAAUAAUAAAAAAUGCAAAAGAGCACGAACAAUGGGAACUUCAUUUUUAAACUAGUAUAUAAAGCUCUAGUCAAGUGAUAAGGGGACACUGAAUAAUUGGAAAAACUAGAGCCAGGAUGAGUUCAUCCUGGAUGUCUUCCUGGAGGAGCAAAAGGAGGGGGGUCAUUCCAUAGGUGAACAAUUGUGGCCAGUGAGAGGAAACAAGCUUGCUUGGCUAGAGACAAAAGCAUUGGCCAGGGUGAGGUGGAUCAUGAGGGUGAUUAGGUAAGAGGAAAAGAUUUGGUGGAAGGGCUUAUAUUCGAUGUGAUGGACAUUGGGGAGCAUCGCUUGAUGACAAUGACCAUCACAGUCCCACGGAUGGGGAUCCUGACAGAUCACUAGGAGGAGGUUGCUGGCAAUAAGACAUUGAUUGCUUUAGUCCAGGUAGCAGAUUCCUCAGGGGAGGGCUAGGGAGACCUCAUGUGCCUCACUGAAUAAAACUGUGCCUCACUGAAUAAAACCCAUGUCACGAGGA